AUGCUCAAAUUGAAAAGUCUAUUGUGGACAGGAACAAAGGCAUAUUGUCGAGGAGGUGCAACCACCGUCGGCAAACAAAAUUGUGAUUUGCAUGAGGCGGCGGCGAGGCGUACGCUCGCCUCAGUCGCCACGCGAUUAAAAAUGCAGGACUCGGCGGGUGGGAGAGCGCGGGAGGGGCGGAGCCGCGACCGGCUGCCAUUGGCGCGCGCGCGGGCGGGCGGGCCCGGGGCCGCGCGCGGGGGGGAGCGCACUCGCCGCCGCCCGUCGGACGGCCACCUCACAACGCACGUAGCCUUCGCGUCGCACGGUACCGCGAGACGUUAUUCCGACGCGCACCGCCGCGAGUCCAUG